AUGAAUACUACAACUCAUUUAUUCUCUCUAUCAUAUGAUUCUAAUUCUACAUCAAUAAAUAAUCAAUCAUGGUUUAUUCCUGUCGAUAUUCUACUGAUUAUUUUUCUUGGUUUGACCAUUAUAUUGAGUUUUGUAUUUUUAUGUAUUAUUUUAUUUGAUAAAACAUGUCAUACAGUUGCAAUGAUGCUUGUUGUUAAUUCAUGUCUUGCUGCUCUUUUAUUUACGAGUAGUUUACUUUGGCAAACGGGUAUUUCACUUCGUAAUGAUCUUAAAAAACUUGAACAUGAAGAUCCACCUUGUAGAUUUCGAGCUUAUAUUGGUUAUGUUGGUUGUUCUGAAAUGUUUUAUUCUUAUUUAUUACAAUCAAUUUAUAGAUAUAUAUUAGCAGUUUAUCCAACUCGUUUAUUUUAUCAAUCUGCAAGAUUUCAAUUUUUCCUCAUUGUUAUAACAUGGAUAUGUGCUUUCGUAUGUAUUUCUCCAUUUAUACUGACUGGUGAGAUUAUAUAUACUGUUGAUGAUCAAAUAUGUCAAAUGCCUCUUCAACGAUCUGUGGUAUUAAUUUAUGGUUUAUUUUAUAUGUAUAUAAUACCUAUGAAUAGUAUUAUGUUCAUCUAUUAUAGAUUAGUUUAUUAUGUUAAACAAAUGAGUAAGCGUGUAACACAAGUAAAUAGUGUAACGCGUGCACAAAGAGAAUUACGAAUGGUUUAUCGUGUAGUUAUCAUUGUAUCGAUUUUAUUAAUAGUUGGUUUUCCUUAUACAGUUUUUAUAUUGAUGGGACUUAUUAGUCAACCACCAAAAUAUCAUUUUCGUAUUGCUUUUGGAUUUGUCGAUGUAUCAUUAUUUUUGAUUAUAAUUACUUUAUUUAAUUUUACAGAUCCCGUUAAAUUAUCGAUUAUGAAAAGAAUAAACAAACAAAAAAAUACAGCUGUCGAACCAUUCAAAUAA